GUUGCAUGUUCGGCUAGUUCUCGCGGCGUCAGGGGGUUGUUCCGCGGCGCAUGCGUCAGUCUCGAACAGCUGAGCACUGCGCCGUGACGUCGCUAUUGAUUUUUACACGGCCAGAAGACGCGCAUCGCUGCGCACUGCAAUUCGUGCUGCCCCUCACAAAAAAAGAAAACGCACACAAGCGCAAACACGCACAGAAAAUGCAUUAAAUAUUCAAUUGUGAAAGUUAAUAAUUAAAAGAAAAUUGCAAAAUAAUAUAAACAUUCGGCAGGCAGGAAAAGGAGCUGCGCGCUGGCAAUUCGGAAACGUGGCCCAACAUGAUUAAAUUGCGACCAUAUGUCCCCUCCAAGCGCAUCGCCAUACGGGACUCCUCGAUUGAUGAAGACAUUAGCGACGAUGUGGACGACGAGGUGUUCAUCAAGGAUGCCAGAUCCGCCAAGCGCAGCGAAGAGCAGGGGCUGAAGCGUCCGCUGAUGGCGCCGCGCCGGAAGCACAGCUCUGGGUCGGUCAGCAGCUCGACGCCCAUUAUGAAGCAACAUAAGAGGAGACGCUGCUGCCGCUGCUGUGAGCCCUUCUGCUAUGCCUUAGCCGCGCUGACAGUGCUCUGUGCUCUGCUCAGCUUGGCGGCGCUGAUGCUGACGUUGUUCCCACUGCCGAUGCAGCGCAUCCAUCACUGGUGGAGCGAGGACGCACAGCUGGCGAUGUUGUCUAUCAAGGGUGGUGGCAGUAGCAGCAGUGACGGCAGCAGGAGCAGCUAUGGCAGCAGUCUGGGCAGCGAAUUUGUGCCCUGCACACAGAUCAGCGUGCAGCGUCUGUGGACGCGCAGCUUGGCCCGGAUGAACAGCGAGAGUCCGUUGCGUGCGGCCGAUCUGAAUGGUGAUGGCAUCAAGGACGUAAUCUUCGGCUACGGCGUCGAUGACAAUAUACAUUACGAGGGCAUACCCCUGCCACGCUGUAAGUCCGCCCAGCAGGGCGACGAUGUGCCCUGCGAAGGCGGCGUCGUGGCGCUCAAUGGACGCGACGGCUCCACGCUGUGGCAGACGUGGAGCGUGGCGAAUGUUUUCUCGCUGCACUGCAAUGUGGACAUAGAUCGGGAUGGCGGCGUCGACUGCCUGGCGGCGGGCAGAUUGGGCAUGAUCUUUGCCAUCAGUGGACGCACUGGCCAAGUCAUCUGGACCUUUCGUGAACUGGAAGUGGAGACCAACUCACCCAUUGUGAUGGAUCUCUAUACAAUCAAUGUGCUGCGCGACUUGGAUGGCGAUGAGGUGCCGGAGCUGAUAGCUGCGCAUCUCGAGGAGCGUGAGGAAUCCAAGGCGGGCCACAUCAAGCUCAUCUCGGGCAAGACCGGCAAAGUGCUGCGCAGCAUACCCACCCCACAUCGCGAGGAGAUGUUUGUGCCCAUCCAGCUGCUGACCCAUGCCGAUGGCACCGAGCUACUGCUCAUGCUCACCGGCGGUCAGAAUACUCCGGGUGGCAUCUAUAGUCUCCGGCUUCUCACACUGAUGGCGCACACGAGCGAGAAGCAUUUCACUCCAUUAUACCAGCAGUCCGGGUCCGGCUUGAUGGUGCCCGCCCUGCUGACCGAUCUCAAUGGAGAUGGCGUCUCCGAUGUGGUCGUCGCUGCCUUCAAUAGCAGCGUCUUUGCGUUCGAUGGUAAAAACUAUAAUCAGCUCUGGAACUAUACGUUCCCGGCUAGCGAGUGCGUCAGUGCCAUUGUGCCGGGCCACUUUGACCGGGAUAAUGUCACCGAUUUUAUGGUCAAGUAUAAUACGGGUCCGGGCUUUCCCGUCUACUACUACUCGCAGACGACGAUUCUGGACGGACGUACUGGGCAGCCGCUACUCGACGCCAUGAUGACGGAUGCGGGAGGCUCGAGCAGUCUGCUAGGUGGGGUCUCCAUUUCGCAAAGCUUUGGCGGCGACUUCUUUCUGCACUGGCAGCUACAGUGUCGGAACAGGCCCAAUGCCCGCGAUGCCUACGAGUUCGUGCCGGAUAGCGAUAUCAUUUUGCAGGCUCGGGCGGACACCUGCCGGCUGCGCUACAACGAAUCGACGGUGCUUAAGCUCUAUGCGAUUGCUCGGCAUAUUGAGCCGCCGGGCGCGGUGCUGUUUAGCACAGAUGAUCUGGAGGUGCAGCUGAAUCGGACGCAGAGGCCAGCGCCGGCAGGCAAACAGUCACCGCUAAAGCAUCCCAAGCUGCUCAAGAAGCUGCUGGCCAAUCGGGAACAGCUGCUCAGACAGGCGGCAGCCACGGAUGCGGCCGAGGAGCUGCAGUCGCAGGCACAGUCUGCUCCGGGUCCGGUCAAGUAUACGAAGCAUCGCAAGCAUCCGCUGCCGGAGCUUUCGCCGGACAACGAGCUGCCCGGCUAUGGUGGUGGCUAUAUAAAGGAGCCCUACAAGGAAUUUAAGGACUACGAGCCGCUGCCACUGCCUGCAGAGAAUCCCAAUGCCAUGCGAGUGCCGGAGGAGUACGAGCUGGUCUACAAUGACGAGCUGCCCCCGGUGCCGGAGCAGAACGAGCGGCCCAUCCACUUACGCAGCAAAUAUCCCAGUGGCAGCAAUCGGGAUGUGCGCAGCGGCAGACUGGAUGCAAUCACCAGCAGCGGCAGCACGAGCACUAGUACAACCAGCCUGCCGCUGUCGGCGCAGUCGCCGCUCAGUCUGUGGGAUCUGGAGCUGGACAACGAGGCCCAGGAGCAAGCAGUAGAUGCAGCAGCUGCAAUGGCAGCAACAGCAGCAACAGCAGCAACCAGCCCAACCCCACAGUCGCAGUAUCGCAGACGGCGACGCAAUGACUCAGCUGCAGCCAGCAGCAGUCGAAGCAGCAGCAGCAGUGGUGGUGCUUCCUCCACAGCAGGCGAGGAUGCGAUAGCAACGGCUGAGACUGCACAGACAGAAGACUGGUAUUUGUCAUCCAUCUCGUCAACUGGCGUGCUGCUCAAGGCGCUGGGCAAUGAGAGCUCUGCGCUUGACUUUGCCUUUGUACUCAAUAUACGUGAGUCGGAGGCGUACCCACCGUUGUUCUCACCGCAGGAUCUCAGCUGCGUCGAGGAGAAAAUAAGCGCCUAUAAAAGCUAUACCGCCGAUAACUUGCGCGUGCUGCGCAAGCAAUUCCUUAAGCAGUGCCUGAGCGAACGCCUAGUGGACACGGAGCCCGGCUUGCCGAAAUACGAGGCACAGCUAAUAAUUACACGAAUUGGAAUAACAUGCACCUGCCGCACACUGCAGCCGGGUGAGGUGUGCUCCGAGCUGGAUCCAAUCGAUGCACAACGCUGGACUGAGUUCAUGGGCAAUGAUGGCAAUGGUUAUUAUGCCAAUUAAAAGUAUAAGUCUAUCCUACUAAACUCUCUCUCUCUCUACUCUACAACUAUUGUAAUUAAUCGAUU